AUGGAUCACCAAUCCUUUUCUCCACCAAGGACAUUGUCUGCUAUUGAAGUUGUUCUUUCUGUUAUCUCCAUUGCCUUAUGGACUGUUGUUGUCUCAUUGAUCUUGACAUAUUCACAAGAACCAUCUGCACAUUGCAAAUUUAACAAUCCUGUACAUUAUUCAGACCAUCAUGAUGUAUGCGAACUCUUUCAUACAACGCUGAUGCUUGCAUUUGCAGCUGUAGGUAGUUGGGUUCUAGCCUUAUUGGCUACUUUAUUCUUUUUAAUACGGUCUCCUAUUCCACCCACCACUAUAUUUACUAUUGAAGCACCACACCGAUCACCGAAUGUGAUGACAGUCUCAUCUCCAAGUUUAGCAAGUCAACCUAGUCGAUCUUAUUAUUUGGGCCAUCAUAAUAAGAUCAAUCCUAUCCAUCCAAAUCCAGAGGAAACCAAAUUUAAUGCAAAUGCACAUUCAUUAUUACUCACUUCUGAAGAGGAAGAAGACAAUGAAGAAUUAGGUUCGGCCAUUAUUUCAUCAACAACUUAUUAUCAACCCACACGGUCUUCCUAUCAUUUGACUGAAUCCAUUCUGUACCAAUCUCAAGUAAAUAGCCAAAGAAGUCUAUCAACCAUGGAAUCUAUGCUUGCAGGAAUCCAAACCAUUGAUCUUGAUGAUUUGCCUAUUAUUAAAGUGGGAACACUUUCCCAUAUUGAUGUCUCUUUUCUUAUUCAUCAAGGAGGGGGAGAGGCAAUAGCAAAAUAA